AUGGGUUCCCCGAGUGGACCCCCGCUACGCCCCCGAGCGUCGUCCAACUUCAUGGGAAUCCGCGCCUCCGGGUUCCCGCCGUCGAUGACGCCCCAGGAGAAGCACCUCUUCUCGGACCGCGUCAACUCGGCGACGACACGGCUCUCGAGCACCAUGGCCGCCAGCGACAGCCCCGACGGCUUCAUCUUCGUCGUCUACUUCCACAAGUCCACCGCCGCCGACGCCCUCGCACUGCUCAAGGCCGCCGACAUCCGAGUCAGGGGUCACGAGGUCCAGUUUUCCUGA